GCAAUUCCCUACCUACGUUAAUACCCUCCACGUCCUUCUCGACCGAUCAAUCCGCGAUAAGACCCGGCGCCUUAUCUGGGGUCUUAGUUGGCCGUUAUCUGUCCUCGACUGGCGACGAAACGCAAUCGUAAUCCUCGAGCUCGGCGGGGGAGUUGCGGAUCUAUCGACUUUCUCUCUCACACAGCCCAACACACACGAACACGAAUCCCCAACCGCAGCCAUGGUCGUCUCGGAGCUGACGGCGUCCGCCGCCGCCAUGAAGUCCUCGCCGCCCGCGGAGAGAGGCGAGAGCAGCAGCAACAGCAUAGAAGCAAAGCUGCAGCCUCUCCAAAACUGCGCCAAGCAGGGCACCUCGCCAUUCGUCAAGGCCUACGCCGACAGCCUCGUGGCGUGGCAACUGCUGGACGACCAAGCUGUCGAGAGGGCUCGAAGGGAGAACAAGCUCAUCUUUCUGCACAUUGGGUUCAGGGCGUGUCACUUCACUCGCCUCAUGGCUCUCGAGUCCUUUAUGAAUCCCGACUGCGCCGCCGUCCUGAACCACUCCUUCGUCCCCAUCAUCGUCGACCGCGAAGUCCGCCCCGACAUCGACACCAUCUACAUGAACUACGUCCAGGCCGUGAGCAACUCGGGAGGAUGGCCGCUUAACCUCUUCCUCACGCCCGAGCUGGAGCCCGUGUUUGGCGGCACGUACUGGCCCGGCCCCAGCGUGGCCAGAAGGACGGAGGACCACGGCGAUGAGCCCUUGGACUUCCUCGUCAUCCUGAAAAAAGUGCGCAACAUCUGGAAGGAUCAGCAGGCCAGAUGCCGCAAGGAGGCAACCGAGGUCAUAGGCCAACUGCGUGAAUUUGCGGCCGAAGGCACGCUGGGGAAACGAAGCAUCACGGCUCCACAGCAGCAGCAGAUCGCUCCGGCCGGAUGGGCUGCUCCGGUGUCCAACCAGCCUGCGGCCAAGGUGGGCGACAGCAGCGCCGUGUCCAGCGAGCUGGAUCUCGACCAGCUUGAGGAGGCCUAUACGCAUAUUGCGGGCACCUUUGACCCCGUGUAUGGCGGGUUUGGACUGGCGCCCAAGUUCCUGACGCCGCCCAAGCUGGCCUUUCUGCUGAACCUUGUCAACUUCCCCUCUCCCGUUCAGGAUGUCGUGGGCGAGGCCGAGUGUAAGCAUGCGCUGGACAUGGCCCUGGAUACCCUGCGCAAGAUUCGCGACGGCGCACUGCACGAUCACAUCGGGGCCACUGGUUUUGCUAGGUGCUCAGUGACCCCUGAUUGGAGCAUACCCAACUUUGAAAAGAUGGUGACCGACAACGCAUCACUCUUACAGCUAUACCUCGAGGCGUGGAGAAAGAGUGGUGGCAAGGAGGACAGUGAAUUCUACGAUGUGGUCGUCGAGCUUGCCGAGUAUCUUACUUCUCCGCCCAUUGCCUUGCCGAACGGUGGCUUUGCCUCCUCUGAAGCUGCCGACUCCUCCGCGAAGAAGGGCGACAGUGAGAAGAGAGAGGGAGCGUACUAUCUCUGGACGCGGCGCGAAUUUGCAUCUGUGGUGAAUGCUGAUGACGGACAUAUCAGCCCCAUUGUGGAGGCAUACUGGGACGUGCAGGAAGACGGAAACGUGGACGAGAAUCAUGACCCGAACGACGACUUCAUCAACCAAAACAUCCUGAGGAUACGGAAAACGCCCGAAGAACUGAGCAAGCAGUUCAAUGUCCCCGUCGCCACGGUGAAGAAGAACAUCGAGAUUGCUAGAACCGCGCUCAAGAAGAGGCGAGAGAAGGAGCGGCCGCACCCGGAUGUAGAUGACAAGAUCGUCACCGGUUGGAACGGCUUGGUGGUAUCGGCCCUGGCGCGGACGUCAACGGCUUUGAAGGAGCUCAGCCCGGAGAAGAGCCAAAAGUACCUGAACAAAGCCAAGGAAUGUGUCGCGUUUAUCAAGGAAAAGCUGUGGGAUGAGAAGAACAAGAUCCUGUACCGGAUAUGGUGCGAGGGGCGACACACUGAAGGCUUUGCGGACGACUAUGCGUAUCUGAUCCAUGGUCUUUUGGAUCUCUUUGAUGUUACCGGCGACGAGAGCUACGUUGAGUUCGCCGACAACCUGCAGAAAAAUUCUCCCCACACAAUCCUCCGUCUCAAAGACGGCAUGGACACGUCCCUACCUUCCACCAACGGCGUUUCCGUCUCCAACCUCUUCCGACUGGGCGAGCUGCUGGAAGACGAGAGAUUCACCGGCUACGCGCGGGAGACGAUCAACGCCUUUGAAGCCGAGAUGCUGCAGCACCCGUGGCUCUUCCCCGGCCUGCUGGGCGGCGUCGUCGUGGCUAGGCUGGGAUUGGGACUGGAGAAGAAGGCUUUGGACGUUCGGUACAGGACAACACGGCAGAAGGCGGUUUGA